AUGGACAUUCCAGUGGCUGCGAACAUUCUUGGCACGAUAGGGGCUCUUAUACCUCAAAUCGUCGUCAACUAUCGAAGGCACAAUACAGAAGGAUUGCAACCAUCGAUGAUGCUUCUGUGGGCUGUUGCUGGCGUUCCUCUUGGAGUGUAUAAUAUUGUGCAAAAUUUGAACGUGGCAUUGCGAAUCCAGCCCCAAAUUCUGACUUUCCUAAGUUUGGUUACAUGGGCCCAGUGCUUCUAUUAUGGCAAGAAGCGCUCGUUCAUGGCGUGUAUCACUGUAGUUGCCCCGCUACUUGUGGGACUCGGUGCGAUUGAAGUAGCGCUUGUCUUUGCGUUACGAGCCGCGAACGAUCGCAACCUGGGAUGGCCUCUUGUAUUGAUGGCCGUUCUGAGCGCCUGCUUGCUUGCAGCCGGGGUUCUGACCCACUACUGGGAUAUCUAUACCCAUCGAACGGUCCGGGGAAUAAGCUUUCUGUUUGUGAUCAUCGAUGCCGCGGGAGAUUUGUUUUCACUGAUAUCUGUCGUGUUUGAACCACGUAUUGAUAUUCUGGCGAUGGUGAUAUAUGGAACCGAACUUGCCUUGUGGAUUGGGAUUAUGAUCUGUGGGGUCAUUUAUAAUUUUAUUCCUUGGGCGAAGAAGGAUUCAAAAAUGAACCAUACCAGGGAACCGCAGCCAGUAUCGCUUCACGAGAUGCCUUCGUCGACCUCCGUGUUCCGGACGGCGUCUGGGUCAGACACAGUGGUGACGCGACGGGCGCCUCAUCGGUCUGGAUAA